AUGUCGUCUAAACAGCCCCAAUCUUCGCUGUUCCAGGUAUACCUUCGCCUGCGCCCUCCUUUUGUGCAACACGAUGAAAACGAACGGUUCCUCACGGUCGAGCCGCCAGAAACAUCUCAAGAUGACGGCGAGAUCGUCGCGCCGGUCCCAACACACAUCACACUACAACCCCCUAGCGACUCUCGAAAGCGCGCAAUCGAGAGAUUUGGCUUCACAAAGGUCUUCGAGGAAAAUGCCUCGCAAUUGGAUGUCUUCCAUGACACCGGGAUGGAGUCUUUGGUGAGGGGAGUCUUGAAAGAAAACCGGGAUGGAUUGGUUGCUACACUGGGAGUUACAGGCAGUGGAAAGAGCCACACCAUCCUAGGAUCCAAGUCCCAGCGGGGUCUUACCCAAAUGGCCCUCGAUGUCAUCUUCCGAUCGCUGGAACCUACCGUGAAGACCGAGGACGGUAGCAUCAGCCCUAUGAUGCUUGCCUCUCUGUCUGCGUCAGAUGCCUCCGAGGCUCAAUUAUUCUCUGCCCAGAUAUUCCUGGAAGCCGUCUACGGCGAUCCCAAUGGAGGCCGCAACUCCAGAGCCGCAACUCCCAUGAGUCCUGGUCGCGCAAACACGCCACUAACGGUACGAAUCCCUCAUUCCCUGAAUAGCCCCCAAAGAUCGCCGCGCACGCGACCACCCACUCCUGGAACUGGUCCCCCAAGACUACAAAUAUACACUGGAAGCCCUCAAAAGGCAGCCCCACUACCCAGCCCCAUUCGCAAGGAUCGAUCCGGCCAUGGCCAACAAUCGACUGAGCAGCUUGGAAGGAUAAAUCCAGGACCCUUUAAUCCCAUUCCCUUUACCCGUUCCAGUCCAAAUGAGAGCCGUUUAGCUAAAUCACGACUCUAUGUCUUUCAGGAACCAACCCCUGCAUUGGUAUUCCCCCGCCGCCAGCAGCGUGAACGACCUAUUGCCGCGCCUCGAAUGCCCGAUGUGAGCCAUCUGGCUGUGGACUUGAACGAGAACUCUGACUAUGUGGUUUUGGUUUCCAUGUACGAGGUCUACAACGAUCGAAUCUUUGACCUUUUGACUCCCUCCAUUGUCCCUGGCCAGGGAAGUGCCAUGUCCCGUGGAAACAACCAACAGAAAGAUCGACGUCGUCCUUUGUUGUUCAAGCCUACAGAAGGAUCACCUGACCGCAAACUUGUCGCGGGACUCAGAAAGAUCGCCUGCAGCUCAUACGAGGAAGCAUUGGCUAUUCUCGACGUUGGCCUGACCGAGCGAAAGGUUACCGGCACUGGGGCCAAUAGUGUCAGCUCUCGAAGCCAUGGUUUCUUCUGUCUCGAGGUCAAGAAAAUGACACACGGCAAACGUUACGGGGAGGCCAACUGGGUUGGAAACACCCUCACAGUUGUCGACUUAGCUGGCUCUGAACGAGCGAGAACCGCGAAGACUGCGGGCGCCACCCUCGCGGAGGCUGGUAAAAUCAACGAGAGUCUGAUGUACUUGGGGCAAUGUCUUCAAAUGCAGAGCAACUUGCAAGAUGGAAUCAAGACUGCACUCGUCCCCUUCCGCCAGUGUAAAUUGACGGAGCUUCUGUUCUCCAACUCUUUCCCUUCAUCCAAUCAAAUGUCCCGAGGCCUUCACCCGCAGAAGGCUAUCAUGGUCGUGACAGCCGAUCCUCUGGGUGACUUCAAUGCCACCUCUCAGAUCCUGCGCUAUUCUGCAUUGGCCCGCGAAGUGACCGUUCCUCGUGUUCCAUCAGUCACCGAGUCUAUCCUGUCCGCCGUCUCCGGCAAGGACAGAUCCGCUAGUGGAUGCACGUCGCCCAACUUUGCCCAGGCUGAAGAGUUGGAGCGUGCUGCUAUGGAGAUCACAAGACUCACUAAAGAUUGCCACGGUCUGGCUGUGAGACUUGCUGAGGAAGAAAUUAUGCGAUCUGAGGUGGAGAUCAGGCUUUCGGUCGCUGAAGACCGAUGCGUGAUGAUUGAACAAGAGGUCCGCGAAGAGUGUUGGGCUGAGAUGGAUGAGAUGAUGGAAGAGGAGCGGAAACGAUGGCAAAAGGCCUGGGAUGAACAGUCUGGCCGUAAUGAUGAACAUAUUGAUAAGAAGAUUGAGCUGGUCUCUCGAGGAUUCAACAUCUUUGAAGAUCCCGAGCCAACGUCCGACCAAAGAAUGGAAGAGCUCGAACGCGAAAAUGAGCAGCUGCGGCGUCGUCUUGCUACUCUCGAGCGCGAAAUGAGUUCUCACUCACCAACCCGCAAGCCUCGAUCGAAGAAUCCUGCAUCAUCCAACCUCCUGGGUCGAGAGAGUGACAUCGAGAAUGCCUUGCAACGCAUGAACCAGUUGAACCUCACGGACAGCAUGUUCACACCUGCUUCGCCAUCUUCCUCGCCUAGCAAGAACCCCAGGAAACUUCCGACGAGGAAGUUUGAUCUGGCUCCCGAGAGCGAGAUCUAA